AUGGCAAGAGCGCUUUUGGGAAAGCCGAAAAUUUUACUAGCGGAUGCGGCCACCUCAGCUCUUGGCACAAGCAGUGAGGCCGCUGUUCAGAAGUACACGAAACUCCGAGGUGCUGCUUACCUUGGACGAGUCCUCUCCAAUUCGGUCACCACUUUUGAUGACGCUUCCUCUAUCGAUUGCAUCAACAAAGUCGAUCAUUUUAGUCCAGGCAAUCCCAUUGAUUCUCGGCAU